UAAACCCCUUUUUUUUUUUGUCUUCAGAGGUAGGCGUUUGUAUUUCUCUUUCACUUUGAUUUUCUAGGUCCAACUGAUACCUACAUUACAAGACUGUUUCGAGCUUUUUCAAGAGUAUUCUGGCAACUGGCAAGUUCAUACAUAUACUUCACAUUUUCCAUUGGUUUUUUUUAGUACAGAGUUUAAGAUGUCAGUUUGUUUACACUUUUUUGGUAUGGUCAAAACUGAAGAACAUUGAAUUUUAGUGUCCCAUGGCAGGUCCCAGUUUGCUGUCUUGUAGUAAUUAUUUCUUAUGCAUGAAAAGAUAGUGAGAGAGAGUUUUGGUCUAAGAAACAAUAAUAGAAUGUUAGAGUUUCUUAAUUAACAAGCUGCUAACCAGAAAUUAAAAAUGGCAAAUGAUCUGGGAAUAGCAUUUUACAUCACCAUAUGCUGCAUAUUCUUCAUCAUAUCCAAGACCAUUCUUAUGAUCCUCCUUUACAGGCGAUGGAAGAGAAAGAAUACCAUUUAUGAACACGAUUUCUCAGGUGGGAAAAUGGUGAUGUUCAGAUCUCCAUUAUUGCAAUCACUAUCAUCUGAUGUGUUCUUAGAAAACACAUUGAAAUUAAGCAACAAAGACAUCAUUGGUGCUGGAGGGUAUGGUAUAGUUUACAAAUUAAUGAUAAAUGAAACCAUGGUCUUUGCUGUAAAAAGGCUUAACAGAGGAACAACAGAUAGAGAUAAAGGAUUCGAACGAGAACUGGAAGCCAUGGCCGAUAUCAAACACCGAAACAUUGUAACUCUCCAUGGUUAUUACACCCACCCUCACUACAAUCUUCUUAUCUAUGAACUAAUGCCUAAUGGAAGCUUGGAUUCUUUUCUCCAUGGAAAAUCAAUGGACGACAAGGUUUUGGAUUGGCCAACAAGAUCUAAAAUAGCAUUAGGUGCUGCAAGAGGAAUAGCAUAUCUUCACCAUGAUUGUAUCCCUCAUAUAAUCCAUAGAGAUAUUAAGUCAAGCAACAUAUUACUGGACCAGAACAUGGAGGCUCGAGUCUCGGAUUUCGGGUUAGCCACAUUGAUGGAACCAGACAAGACUCACGUUUCAACGUUUGUGGCUGGAACCUUUGGAUAUUUAGCCCCAGAAUAUUUCGAUACCGGAAGAGCAACGGCGAAGGGUGAUGUUUAUAGCUUCGGAGUUGUUUUGCUUGAACUUUUAACCGGAAAGAAACCCAUGGAUGAAGCAUUUCUUGAAGAAGGAACAAAGCUUGUUACAUGGGUAAAGGUAGUUGUUGAAGAAAGGAAGCAAGAAUAUGUGGUUGACAGUAACUUAGGUUGCUGCUAUCCAGUGGAUGAGAUUAAAACUACAUUCGAUAUAGCAUUGAUGUGCCUUCAAACAGAUCCUUCCAAGAGACCAACAAUGGCUGAGGUUGUCAAGAUGUUGGAGCAGAUCAAUGUCAGAGAAAACUGUAACUGAUUUUUAAUGGUGUUCUUAGUUUUACCCAUCAUUUUUUUGAUUGAAAUGGUCACAAAAGAGGUGAAACUGAACAGUUUUUUUAUUAACAUCUCUGUAAAAUGCUUUGUUUCCACAUUGUAUAACCAUAUGUCCAUUUUAAGUCUCAUUUACGAGCAUGUUGGGUGGAUCUGGGCCAACUCAAAAACAUGAAACAUCACUCCUGGAGUUGAUAAAUUUUGGAUUAUGUUUAUUUUGUUAUUGAUCGUUCUAUUUGAGUUCA